AUGUCGGUCUUGCAGUUCAACCUCAAUGGCUUCAGGCCCGGCGACCCUCACGAUCUCUACCUCGCACACCCACAAGGAAGCAACGAAGUCCAAAACGACAUCCCAGAACAAGUCGAUGUCUUGAUCGUCGGUUCCGGACCAGCAGGCCUCGCCCUCGCCGCCCAACUCUCACUAUUCCCAAACAUCACCACCCGCCUGGUCGAGCAAAAAGCCUCACGACUAAUCCUAGGCCAAGCAGAUGGCCUCCAAGUCCGCAGUAUUGAAAUGUUCGAGGCCUAUGGUUUCAGCGAGAGAGUCCUCAAAGAAGCCUACUACAUCAACGAAACCACAUUCUGGAAGCCUGAUGAGAAGAAUCCAGAGUACAUAAUCAGAAGUGGCAGGAUCAAGGAUACUGGCGAUGACCUCUCAGAGUUCCCGCAUGUUAUUUUGAAUCAAGCGAGGGUGCAUGAUUUCUUUCUUGAUGUUAUGAUCAGAUCGCCGACGAGAUUGCAACCUACUUACUCACGCAAGCUCAAACAACUCACUCUGUUGCCAGGCAAGGGCGACUCUUCCAAAGAAACAUCUGCCGUGCAAGUGCAGCUGGAAAGAACCGAUCCCGGCCACGAAGGAGAAGUCGAAAACGUGCGUGCUAGAUACGUAGUAGGCUGCGACGGAGCCCGCAGCGCCGUGCGUCAAGCUCUGGGCCUCAAACUCGAAGGCGACUCUGCAAACCAAGCAUGGGGUGUCAUGGACGUACUCGCCGUAUCAGAUUUUCCAGACUGGAGAACCAAGGCCGCUAUCCACUCAGCAGACCAAGGCAGCAUCUUGAUCAUACCCAGAGAAGGGGGUUACCUCGUGCGCCUCUACAUUGAGCUCGACAAACUGUCUGCCAAUGAGCGUGUCUCGAGCAAAAAGUUCUCAGCAGACAAGUUGAUCGAGACUGCAAAGCGCAUCUUCCAUCCUUACACUUUGGAUGUCAAGGAAGUGGUCUGGCACUCCGUCUAUGAAAUUGGCCAGCGUCUCUGCAGCAGAUUCGACAACCUGAUCGCAGAAGAAGCCGAAACCAGAUCUCCGAACAUCUUCAUCGCAGGCGACGCAUGCCACACCCACAGCCCCAAAGCCGGUCAAGGCAUGAACGUAAGCAUGCAAGACGGCUUCAAUCUCGCCUGGAAACUAGCUUCCGUACUCAACAACACAGCAACACCCUCCAUCCUGCACACCUACUCGACCGAACGUCAAAAAGUAGCUCAAGACCUGAUAAACUUUGACCGCGAGAUCGCUUCCAUGUUCAGUGCUCGACCCAAGAAGACCAACGGCGCUGGCACCAACGACGACGAAGACGGAAUAGACCCUGCCGAGUUCCAAGCCUUUNUCGAGAAACAGGGUUUAUUCAUGGCAGGCUUGGGAACAGCAUAUGCUCCUUCCCUCAUCACUGCUGACCCAGUACACCAAGGACUGGCANAAGGCUUCCCGAUUGGUGAACGUUUAUACUCAGCACCAGUGAUUCGUCUUGCAGACGCAAAACCAAUCCAACUAGGCCACAUAGUCAAAGCAGACGGCAGAUGGAGAGUCUUCGUUUUUGCCUCUGCCGAGGAUCCUGCAGCUGCGACCUCAUCGUUCCAAGUCGCUUGCAAGGCUAUCGCAGAAUUAGUAAGCAGAUUUACGCCAGUGGGUGCUGAUAUCGACUCUGUCAUCGAUGUUCGUGGUAUUCUACAGCAGGGACAUGCUUCUUUGAACAUCAACGACAUGCCCGCCAUCGUGUGGCCGCAGAAGGGCAGAUACGGACUGCGAGAUUAUGAGAAAGCAUUCUGCGCAGAGGCCGUGGUUGGACACAUGGACAUCUUCACUGCUAGAGAGAUCAACCGCGAGAAGGGUUGUGUUGUGGUCGUGAGACCUGAUCAAUACAUCGCCAACAUCCUGCCUCUGAAAGAUCACGAUGGACUUGAAAACUUCUUCGGAGGGUUUAUGCAAGCAAGGGCUUGA